AUGAAGAAGAAAGUGUGUAGAAUAAUCGCAUCUUCUGAAGAAAGUAGUGAUGAUGGGGAUGGUAGCGAUUCAAAUACUGAAAAAGUGAUAGAAGAAAAGAAAAUGCCAAAAAAAGAUCUAAAACGAAAAAGAAAACGUUCUGAGACUGAUGACACAAGUUCCGAAUCAGAAUUGCCUCUAAAUCAGUUAGCAAAGUUAGGAAACAAUAAAAUGUGCGAUGAAAACUUAAAAGUAGAAUCAAACGUCAUUGUUAAGUAUGAAAGUGAAUAUUUUCCUGGAAGAGUUGAGAACAAAGAUAAAGGAUGUUAUGAAAUUAGCACAAUGAUAUUAUCUACAAAUAAUACAUUCCGAUGGCCAGAAAAAACUGAAAUUUGGCAUGGAAUUAAUGAGAUUGUGGAAAUUAUAAAGUCACCUAUUAAAGUUAAUAACAGAGGCUUCUUUACAGUUACUGAGAUGGAAAAGUUUUUGCCCAACAUUUAUUUAUAAAAUCUUUAAAUAUAAGUACGUAAUCAUUUAAGUAUUAAUAUAUAUUUUUUUGUGAUUUAGAACUAUAUUGAUAUUAAUCUAAGUAUAAACUUGAAUUUAAGAAGCAAAUACAACUAAAAGUGUUAUCAUAAGUGUACCUAAUUAAUAAGAAGUAUAAUUGUUUACUUUAU